AUGGUGGCCGCUACCGAGCUUCCGCCACCUCCGCCUCCUACUGAUACGCCAGGUCUGAGAGCAAAUCGGGCUUGUCGGCCUUGUGUUCAGAUCAAAGCAAAAUGCGUUCCUCUGGAAGGAUUUACCAACUCGAUUUGCGUACGAUGCCACCGGUUGGGCAAGUUCUGCACAACUCCGGCACCGCUGCCACGUAAACGGCGCAACAAUGGAAAAUCAACCCGCGUGUCGCAACUAGAGGAGAAGGUCAAUACUCUGACAGAUCUCUUGACCUCCAAUGACGGCGCUCUGAUUCCACGGCGUAGUGAGCUCGAUCUUGUCGCUACUCCAGGUGGCUGUGCCCAACACUCCCAGCCUACUCAUCCUACUAUCCCCGAAAGCGAUGCUGGCUUUGCAAAUGCCCAAUGGUCAGCCUCGCUUUUGACUCCAAAGUCACUAGCGCCUGCGAACGGAAGCAAUAACAACAACGCCACAUUACAGACUCAGUCCACCACAUCUCCUGGCACGGCCUGUGCAACUCCUAUGAAGUCUGUGGAACCGGCUGGUGCAGAUGCAAGCGACCACUUUCGAAUAACCCUGGCUCCCGUGUUGGAAGAAAAGCUGUUCAGUGACUUCCGCACACAGAUGAACCAACACUUCCCUUUUGUGGUGAUUCCACCUCAGACAACGGCUGUUGCCCUUCGUCAAGAAAAACCGUUCCUUUUUCGGACUUGCAUUACUGCCGCUGCUCAAGCUGACCCGUCACUCCUGAAGCAGCUGGCAGAUGAUUUGAUGAGAUACAUUGGAGAGCGCAUGCUCAUCAAGGGGGAGAAGUCUCUCGAUCUCUUGCAAGGGCUUUUGGUGUUCAGCUCUUGGUAUCAAUACUACAAUCACUUCAACCCCCAGGUGAUGAAUCUCCUACAUUUGGCAACUGCUAUGGCCACAGACCUGGGGCUGAAUCGGUCUAGACAGCCGGCAGUAUUGGCUCCAUUCGGCAUGGUGUUUGAUACUGCAGAGAUGUUCCACGGCAGAUUAGUCAAACAAGGCGUUCAGACCUCUGACGACCGACGAGCCCUUCUUGGAGUUUAUCAUCUUUCUGGACAAUUGUCAUCCUGCUUCCGGAGAUCGGAUCCUAUGCGCUGGACUCAGCACCUGGAACAAUGUUGCAAUGCUCUUGUCGCUGCAGCCGAGUAUCCCUCUGAUAUCUAUGCUGUCCAGCUGGUCCGACUGCAUCAGGUCAUAGAAGCAUAUUCUCCCUCCCUCGGCUUGAUGACGACAUCGACUGUGCCUCUGCGGAGUCUCAUGAGUUGUUUCGAGAAAGACCUGGAGCGAUACCAGGAGGGUAUACCUCCCAGCCUAGCAGGAAACCAUCUUUUCCAGAUCCAGAUUCAGAGUGCUUAUAUUUGCCUCUUCGAGACCAUAUUCACAAUCCAGGCGGACAGAGCAUAUCACCGAGCCGAAGCAUUACAUGCGUGUUUGGAUCAUAUCAGUCAGUUGUUUGACUAUUUAGAGGCCAUCCCUGGGCAGUAUGUUCCCAACUUGACCUUCUCAUUCUGGCUGCAUCUCGUUCACGCCUUGGUUGUUCUCGCCAAAAUGUCGUUCCUCGUCCUCGAUGGAUGGGAUUUGCGAUCAAUCAGGGGCUCCGGAAUGAACUUUCCGUCCACUAUAGAUCGGGUUGCGCAAAAGCUGGAAACAGUCUCUCACCAGAGCCUUGCCUCCGGAGACACGCCGGCAAAUAACGCUGUUUCAACGCGCUUUAGCCUGUUCGCUGAGAAAAUGCGCCAUUGCAAAAGGUGGUACGCGAGCAAGCUGAACGCAGAAACCAGCGAUUCAGCCUCAGGGGUCGAAAAUGGUGCGCUUCCAGAUAGCAUGUCUAUGGAGGACUUAUUUGGGAGUUUCGAAGACGGCAACUGGCCGGACCUGGUGUCUGAUUGGAACGCCAACAUACACUUUUAG